GCUUGGAAUGUCUUAGCCCUGGAUGGAAGCAACUGGCAAAGAAUAGACCUUUUUAACUUCCAGACAGAUAUAGAGCAUGGUGGUGUGAUGCACACCUUGCCAGAUAGCAUACUGCCGCUCCCAGCAUGGUGUCAUGAAAAAAAUACCCCUCCAAUGGCCACCCGAAGUGCAUGCGGUGUAAAAAGGCCUCUGUCAUGCCAGACGACCCACGGGAGCAGUGUAGGAUUGCUUUUGCGACUCCUUCAACCUGACGCCAUUCUUCAAUCCUAGGAGAAAAGCUCUGUCCUACUCACAAGAACGCAAUUCCCUCUGUGUCCAAUGCUCCAAAAGACGGUUUCAUCCCGAGAAUGGGCCGAGUGGUGGAGAAUAUUUCCAAACGGUGUGGAGGUUUCCUGAGACAGCUGAGCUUGAGAGGGUGCCUCGGUGUCGGUGACUCUUCCUUAAAGACCUUCGCUCAGAACUGCAGGAACAUUGAACACCUAAACCUCAAUGGAUGCACAAAAAUCACAGACAGCACGUGCUACAGCCUUAGCAAGUUCUGCUCCAAGCUGAAGCACCUGGACCUGACUUCCUGCGUCUCCAUCACCAACAGCUCUUUGAAAGGUUUGAGCGAGGGGUGCAGGAAUCUGGAGCAUCUGAAUCUUUCUUGGUGCGACCAAGUUACAAAGGAGGGUAUCGAGGCCCUGGUGAAAGGCUGCAGUGGACUGAAAGCCCUGUUCCUGAGAGGGUGUACACAGUUAGAAGACGAAGCCCUGAAGCACAUCCAGAAUCACUGCCACGAACUGGUCAUCCUGAAUUUGCAGUCCUGCACGCAAAUUUCAGACGAAGGCAUUGUGAAAAUCUGCAGAGGCUGCCACAGACUUCAGGCCCUUUGCGUUUCCGGCUGCAGCAACCUGACAGACGCCUCCCUCACAGCCCUUGGUCUGAACUGCCCCAGUUUGAAGAUUUUGGAGGCCGCCCGCUGCUCCCAUCUGACCGACGCAGGCUUUACGCUCUUAGCUCGGAAUUGCCAUGAACUUGAAAAGAUGGACUUGGAAGAAUGCAUUCUGAUAACGGACAGCACGUUGAUCCAACUUUCGGUUCACUGUCCUAGGCUGCAGGCAUUGAGCCUGUCCCACUGCGAGCUGAUCACGGACGACGGCAUCCUGCACCUGAGCAGCAGCCCCUGUGGGCAGGAGAGGCUGCAGGUCCUGGAGCUGGACAACUGCCUCCUCAUCACGGACGUGACCCUGGAGCACCUGGAGAGCUGCCGCAGCCUGGAGAGGAUCGAGCUCUACGACUGCCAGCAGGUCACGCGGGCCGGCAUCAAGAGGAUCCGGGCCCACCUCCCAGACGUCAAAGUCCACGCUUACUUUGCCCCGGUCACGCCGCCUCCCUCGGUCGGGGGCAGCGGGCAGCGGCUGUGCAGAUGCUGCAUCAUCCUUUGACGAGAGAGGUGGGAGCGCUUCCUCCGCCGGACGCCGCCCCCUCCCCACCACCCGACCCCUGAGAGCGGACGGGAAAGCGCUUCGCCCUCACCCUCGCUCCCGGCGGCAGCGG